UGUCUUCAUUCACAAAAUGAUUUGCUUCAGUUCAAAAGAAUCGGUGAGCUAGACUAUUGCCUCAUUUCGAAAUCUACUUUGUUUUUCCUUCCAGAGCAUCUUCUUUGGGAAUUGUAGAAGGAGCUUCAGUUUAAGGGGGGAGCAGUGUGUCUGGAAUUUUCAAACUCGGGAAGAGAUUGUAUAUGCAACUUCAAUUUCCCUCUCCAUAGGUCUCAUGACUUGUUUCUCUGGUUGUUUUGGGCAUCAAUAUUCUUCUCCACGGCCUAGGCGGCCGGUAGACGAUGAUAUCACCGAAGAGAUUUCAAGUGUUCACAACGCAAAAUUGUAUAGUUACACGGAGUUAGAAAUGGCAACCAACAAAUUCAGCCUCGCCAAUAAGAUCGGUGAAGGAGGUUUUGGAUCAGUAUACAAGGGGGUGCUAAACAAUGGCACCUUGGCUGCCUUAAAGGUGCUCUCUGCAAAGUCCCAUCAAGGUGCUCGAGAAUUUUUAAAUGAGAUAGUGAUGCUAUCAGGACUGGAACACGAGAACCUGGUCAAAUUGUAUGGUUGCUGCGCCGAAGGAGAACACAGGAUCUUAGUUUAUGGCUAUCUAGAAAACAAUAGCCUUUCUCGAACACUUCUGAAUGGUCGAUACGAUGCAAGUCAGUUCACCUGGAGUGUACGAACCAAAAUAUGCAUCGGCGUAGCAGAGGGACUUGCAUUCCUACACCACGUAGGCUGGCCCCAUAUUGUUCAUAGGGAUAUCAAAGCAAGCAAUAUCCUUCUCGACAGAGACUUUACGCCAAAAAUCUCAGACUUCGGGCUGGCAAAGCUUUUCCCAUCCACCGUGACUCAUGUUAGCACAAGAAUUGCUGGAACUUACGGCUAUUUGGCCCCCGAGUAUGUGAUGAGGGGGAAGCUGACACGAAAAGCAGAUAUAUAUAGUUAUGGUGUCCUCCUAAUCGAAAUAGUCACUGGAAGAAGCAACAACAGGACAUUGCCUUCUAGAGAACAAUAUCUUCUUGAAAGAGUUUGGAGGCUAUACAAGCAAGGCAAGCUUGAGCAAUUGGUCGAUACAGAGCUCCAGGGGAACUUCGAUGCUGAUGAGGCUUGCAGGUUCCUCAAGAUUGGCCUGAUGUGCACCCAAGACUUGGCAAACCGCCGGCCAUCCAUGCCCGAUGUUGUCAAGAUGCUGAAUGGUGAAAAGCUCGAUAUGGAUGAGGGGAACCUUUCGAAGCCAGGACUGUUUAUGGAGCUGGUGACUGUUAGGGAUUCAACGAGCGAAAACAAUCCAUUGUCAUCGGAUGUACAAACAGACGGUAAGUCUUUGUCCUCCGAAAGCUCCCAUGCAACAUUAUCUUUCUCUUCAAUUUAUGAUAGAUAGAUAGAAGAAGCAUUUGAAUCCCAUGAACUUCUUUCUUGUUUGGAUUGUGUUGUUGUGUCCUGUUAAUUUAUGAUGUCUAUGUUUUAUUAUUGCUUUUCUUUUAUUUUAUGAUAAGAACAUUGAGCAUAGAAUUUUGUACAUUGUACUAGUAUUAUAAAAGCAAUUUGUACCAAGCAUUCAAAUCAUUGCAGCAGAUUAUAUAGCA